GAAGAAGGGGUGCAAAACUGCGCCGCGACAUCUUUAUUCGCAAUUUUGAUUAUUUGCGAUUAACUGCGUAUUUUUCCCUGCCGUAAAAGAGUGAAAGUUUGGGGCCGUUUAAAUGAAUGAUCCGGAGGAAACCAUAGAGAAACGCCGCAGUCCUCGGCUCAACAAAUUAGAACCAGAGUCAGGUGAAGUUCAGCCUAAUUCCACCGCCAUCAUAAACGACGCCGCCUCCGCCGCCACCACGCAUACCAACGCCACAUCAGAAUCCGUAAGUUUAAAAAUGGAAAUGCAGAAUCAAAUCGCCACUCUUCAAAGACAACUAGAAGAAGCACAGGUAAGAUUAAGUGAACAAAACCGCCACUGCCAAAGGCUAGAGAUUGCUUUGCGUAGCUCAGGUCAUUUAGAUAGUGCUACAUCCAUAGCCACGACAACAACAAUACCCGUCGUUGCGCCAUCGUUAGCACCCGCUAUAGGUGCUCCGUUAUAUGAAUUCCCAAAUUUUUCAUGUACUUCACGUAUGCAAAAAUUGUCGGUUAACGCAACAACAAAUAACAUCACGCCAUCGACCAUAAACAGUUAUGCACAUUUUGCGACGUCGACUAUCACGAGCAGCGCUGCCACGCUGCCAGGCCAGCAAACCGCUGAAAACGGUGGUAGUUUUUUUUCGCUGCCGUCGUUAACUGCGAGCGCCGUCUUUGCGCCAACGUAUUCAAUAAAGGGCCAAACACACGCUACACUAGGUAAUUCUGGCGUGCCGUUUACAUCGUCGUCGAUAAUUUCGCCCCCUGUUUUUAAUAAUUAUAACAGUAUUGUUCAUGGUCCUAUGCCAACAAAUGACUUAAACAAUUUUUCAUUUUUAAACAAUUCUGCAACAGUACCACGGAAGUUGCAAGAUUUACCCGAAUUUAGCAGCGAGCCAGAAGACUGGCCAAUUUUUUAUACAGCCUACGUCCAAUCGACUUCAAUGUACAACUACACUAAUCUGGAAAACAAUCAACGGUUGCAGAAAGCUGUUAAAGGAGAAGCGCGGGAGGUGAUUAAAUCGCUUUUAAUUCAUCCAGACAAUGCCAGCGCCGCCAUAGAGCAACUCCGUUUUCGCUUUGGCCGACCCGAACAAUUAAUUCAGAGUCAGCUACGUCAAGCGAGGGAUUUGCCUAAUAUUUCGGAGAAUGCAUUGUCCAAACUGGUACCCUUUGCCACUAAAGUGAGAAACCUAGCAACAUUCUUACAGUCAGCGAAUGGACAACAACACAUCGCCAAUCCUACGCUAUUAGAGGAACUAUUAGCUAAGCUUCCUAUGAGUAAGAAACUGGAGUGGGCCAGAGUCGCCGCCUCAAUACAGCCGUAUCCGACAAUUGUACAUUUUAGCGCUUGGGUAAGUGAACUUGCUAAUCUGAUAUGUACAGUGCAAGACAUCGAUAAUAAGGAUCAAAAGCGUCGUGCGGUGUUACAUACAUCCGAAAAACAGUGUCCAGGUUAUGCAGGUGUAACUCCCGUUAAGUGUCCAUUAUGCCAGGAGCAACAUAAACUGCAAGAUUGCCGUCGUUUUUUAAAUGCUGCAGUGUCUAAUAGAUGGGAGUUCGCGAAGAAACAUCGCGCUUGUUUUUCAUGCUUGAACGUGGGCCAUAACACGCGUAACUGUCGCCGUAAAAAGCUUUGUUUAGAAGAAGGAUCCCAGCGUAGACACCACAGUUUAUUGCACGAGGCCAAUGCUAUUACGCCGACCCUAAGUUUAUUAAAGGAAGAACAAGGUGACGUACGAGGAAACGUGUUGAGCUGCGCAAACGUUAGCAGCACUAAACCCAAGCUGCUCUUUCGUGUGCUGCCGGUAACCUUGUAUGGCGAUAAUAAGCGCAUCGAUACGUACGCCCUAUUGGAUGAAGGUUCUUCAAUUACGAUGUUAGACAGUGAUUUGGCCAAGGAGUUGGGAAUACGCGGCCGUCGACAUUCGUUAGAUAUACAAUGGUUUGGAGGAAGAACAGCCCAAGAGUCGACUGAGGUUUUCAAUAUUGAAAUUAGCGGUGUUGGUAAAAAUAAGCGCUACCUACUGCGCGACGUUUAUGCCGUAGCUAAUCUAGGUUUGCCCAUGCAGAGUUUAAGUCGUGAUGAUUUAAAGAGCAGUGACAAAUCAAUUUCGUCUCUGCCUCUUCAGCCAUAUUUUGAUGCUGUGCCUCAACUUUUAAUUGGAAUCGAUCAUGCACACUUAGGCUUGCCGAUUGACAUAAAGGGGGUUAGUGAGCAAGGUCCGUACGCUUGCAACACUAAACUAGGGUGGGUAGUUUUUGGUCCAACCAGUCGUGCGUCGUUAGCAACCCGCUCUUGUCUUUUUUUACGUACCCAAGAAAUGCAAGAAGAAGAAGACAUGCGACAACUUGUGAUCGACUAUUUCAAUAUUGAAAGUCUUGGCGUUAGAUCUUCGCCACCUGUCGAAAGUAAUGAUGACGUCAGAGCUAAGAUGUUACUUGAAGGCACAACUAAACGAGUGGGAGGUCGAUUUCAAACAGGGCUAUUAUGGAAGGACGACAGCACACAACUGCCCGAUAAUUAUACGGCUGCUCUACAUAGGCUUGAAGGGAUUGAGAGAAAGAUGAAACGCGACGAAACGUUCGCAACCGCGUACAAAGAGAUCAUUGAUGGAACACGUGCAGUUGCAGUUUGCGGAGAUAUUAAAGAGAUGUUCCACCAGGUAGCUAUACAGCCAGUAGACAGGUGUGCACAGCGUUUUCUUUGGCGUGAUGGCGAAAAUACUAAGCCACCUGAGGAGUACGAGAUGCGAGUGAUGAUUUUCGGCGCCGCGUGCUCGCCUUGCUCGGCGCAAUAUGUCAUGAGGCUGAACGCCAAGGAGCACCACGAAAGUCAUCCUCGUGCAAUUAAAGCUAUUUUUGAUCAUCAUUAUAUUGAUGAUUUUGUUGACAGUUUCGAUGGAAUUGAAGAGGCCGUAGAUAUCUCAAAGCAGGUUCGUGACAUUCACAGCGAUGGUGGAUUCGAGUUACGUGGAUUCGUAUCGAACUCAGAGAAGGUAGUUAAAGAAUUAAAUGGUAGUACGGCAACGAAACAGAUCGCAGUCGGUGAGAGCACAGAGAAGGUUCUUGGGUUAUAUUGGGAGUCAGCAACUGAUAAUUUUAAAUUCAACCUGAAGUUCCAUCGCAUUGAACAAGCAGUAAUCACAGGCGAAAGGAGUCCCACAAAAAGGGAACUUCUUAGUAUUAUUAUGUCAAUAUUCGAUCCGUUGGGAUUUUUAAGUCACUUUACUGUUGCAGCCAAAUCUCUUAUGCGUGAAGUAUGGCGUCGUGAUGUCCGUUGGGAUGAGCCCAUCCCAAAUGAUGUGAAUAUAAUAUGGGAAAGGUGGCGCCAGCAGAUGCACAAAGUAACGGGAUUUCGUGUGCCGAGAUUCUACUUCCCACAUGGUGCGCCUUCGGAUUUGGAGCUGCAUGUGUUCGUUGACGCUAGCGAAGAGGCCUUCGCUGCUGUCGCCUACUGGAGAUCAAGAAAGUCGACUGGUGAAGUUGGUGUUACGUUAGUUUGUGCGAAGACGAAGUGCGCUCCACUAAAGGCCGUAACCAUUCCACGCCUGGAAUUGCAAGCAGCCGUCUUGGGUGUACGUUUACGGAAAUUGAUAUUGGAAAAUCACCAAAUACGCCCUGAACGAUGCUUCUUAUGGAGCGACUCCAGAACUAUCUUGAAGUGGAUUGGAAGCGAACAUCGAUGCUACAAACCGUAUGUGGCACACCGCGUUGCAGAGAUUUUAGAUGGGAGUGAAGUUCGCGAAUGGCGAUGGGUGCCAACGAAAGACAAUGCAGCCGAUGAUGCGACAAGAAGCCAUGGGAGUGUUGAUUUCUCACUAAAAUCUCGCUGGCUACAGGGACCGAAUUUUCUGAGACGCGAUGAAGAGACGUGGCCUGCUGAAGAAAACAUCAGCAAGAUCUUUGUGGAAGCAGAUGAAGAGCUCCAUUACAAUCGUUUCUCAAAUUUACUUAGAUUAAAAAGAGCAGUAGCGUGGGUGCUUCGAUUCAUAAACCGCUGCCGUAAACGGGAGCUAAAAUAUCUGGAAUAUGGACUUACUGCUGUUGAACUGGAAGCCGCGGAGCACCUAUUAUGCCUACGCGUUCAAUCGGAAUCAUUUACUUCAGAACGCAACAGUAUCGAAAUUGGUAAAGCCAUUCCAAAUGACAGCGCAUUAAAGCAACUUUCGCCAUAUCUGGACGACAGGGGGCUACUUCGUGUACAAGGGCGCAUAGAUGCAGCUAGCUUCUUACCGUAUAACGUCAGAAGACCGAUCAUACUGCCGUAUGGACAUAUAUUUACGCAUCUGGUCGUUAAUUAUCACCAUUGCACAAUGAAGCACCAGAAUCACGAGGCGACUAUAAGCAAUAUACGUCAGAAAUACUGGAUUCCCCGAAUAAGGCAAAUGCUACGACGUGUAAUAGCCGGAUGUAAAUAUUGUCAAGUCAGGAAGACAGAACCUCACGCGCCUAUGAUGGGUCCUCUACCAGAGGAUCGUUUGAAGCCCUAUGUACGACCAUUUACUUAUACGGGACUGGACUAUUUUGGGCCUAUUUCGGUUACUAUCGGGCGGCGAACUGAAAAGCGUUGGGUCGCGUUGUUUACGUGCCUCACCGUGCGCGCAAUCCACCUGGAAAUCGCCCACGACUUAUCAACGGAUUCCUGUAUAAUAGUUAUGCGCAACUUCAUGAAUCGGAGAGGGGUUCCAACACGUCUACGAUCUGACAAUGGGAAAAACUUCAUCGGGGCCAACGAAGAAGCGAAACGUUUUCCUGAUGUUUUUGACACUGAGCGAAUACAAAAUGAAUUGUCAACCAAGGGAGUUGAAUGGUUCUUCAACAGCCCCGCCAAUCCAUCUGAAGGAGGAAUUUGGGAAAGAAUGGUGCAGAGCGUUAAAAGGGUUCUUCGACAUUCAUUAAAAGAAAAGGCGCCACGUGAGCAUGUCUUACAAAGCUUUCUGAUAGAAGCGGAAAACAUAGUAAACUCACGUCCAUUGACGCAUCUGCCCAUCUCUCCCGACGACGACGAACCAUUAACGCCUAACCACUUCCUGAUUGGCGUGGGUAAUAUCCCUAAAACUCCAACGGCCAACUCUCCUGAUGAAAAGAUACCUUUGUUACGCAAGCAAUGGCUCAUUGCACGAAGCCUAAGAGAUGCAUUUUGGAAGCGAUGGGUACUGGAGUAUCUACCAACGCUAACCCGAAGAGUUAAGUGGUGUGAACGAACCGUGCCUCUUAAAGAGGGUGAUGUAGUAUUUAUUUGCGAUCCGAAUGUGCCAAGGAUUCAGUGGCGACGUGGUAUUGUUGAGCGUGUGUACACUGGCGCAGAUGGUGUGGCUCGGCGUGCGGAUGUGCGUACGGUUGGUGGACUUCUGCAACGAGCGGUAUCUAAAUUGGCAGUCCUGGAUCUGGAAAGUGGUGAAGCUGAUCGCUCCACGGGGGUGGGGGUGUUGACAAAUGAUAUUUAUAAUUUGUAA